CCCGAAGACAAUCCCAUGAUGCUAAGUAGCUUGCUAAUUGGUCUCUCUAAGCUAGCCGUAUGUGUCCUAAGAUACCCUAUCAUGAUGGAAUAGGCUCCAGGCUACCCAACCUUGACCAGAACAAAAAAAUGGAAGAUGGAUGGAUCAAUGGAUGCAUCUACCUACUCCUGCAACAUUCAAGGGAAUGAGCCAGAACCAUCAUGCCCCUGCUCAGCUUUCUGUUCUGGUUCCACUGCUGCAUGUCGUUGACCCACUCAGCCAGCAGUCAGACAGUCAGCAAAGAAGGAGAACGCAUCAAGAUGUUUUUGACUCCUACAAUCUGCAAGGUCCGCUGUAGUGCAGGACGCUGCACCAACUAUUGCGAGCAUGGAAAUGUCACCACUCUGUAUAGUAAUGAGCCUGUUGGUCAACCACCUUCGGAAACAGGCUUCCGAAUCUUCUUGUGCCCAAUGUUGUGCCAAAAUGGUGGCGUAUGCAUUCAGAAAGACCGUUGCCAGUGUCCUCAAAACUUCACGGGCAAGUUCUGCCACAUUCCAGUUGCAUCCUCUACCAAUGACAUUGAAAAGUCACAAUUAAAUCCCUCUGUGCUGAGUGACCAGCAGUUUAUGUCACAGUCAGAGUACCUGCUCCCACUACAGAGUCAAGAGCAUCACCAGACAAAUGCUGAAUCUUCAAUGGUAAAGGUGCGCGUGCAGCAUCCACCUGAAGCUAGCAUAAAGAUCCACCAGGUUCUGAAGGUAGGAACAGGGGAAACAGGAAGGGCUCAGCAAGAUACCGUCACACGGACAACUCGUGUACUGGAAGCAAGGAACAGUUUGCCAGGAGAGAAGGGUGAGGCUCUAUUGCCCCCAGUACAAGCCCAAGAAUUUCUUGGAGACUCCGCUGACACAGAGUCCUCUGUUUUCAAAUAUUGCUUUAGAGAGUUUCGCAAUGGGCAGUGUAGCUCACGCCUGCCUGGACUAAGGACCCCAAAGACCUGCUGUGAAGGAACAGGAAUAGCCUGGGGGAUCAAUGAGUGCAUCCUGUGCCCUUCUCAUGGAAAUGGCACCGAUGGCAAUAAACAAUGCCCAAAGGGAUAUGAAAGGAUUAAUGAUACCCAAUGUGUGGACAUAAAUGAGUGUUUGCAGCCCAGCCGAUGUCAAAACGGGAACUGCAUCAACACUCGUGGGAGUUACAGCUGCAUCUGCAGGCAGGGGUAUCUGCUGGAUGCUUCUCACCGAAUCUGUGUCUCAGAAAAGGUCAUCUCAGAGGACAAAGGACAGUGCUACCGUUUACUGUCAUCUGGCGUCUGUUCCUUGCCAAUACUGAGGAAUAUUACCAAGCAAAUUUGCUGUUGCAGUAGAGUAGGCAAGGCUUGGGGAAGGAACUGCGAGAAGUGCCCGUACUUUGGCUCAGAUGCUUUUAAGGAGACCUGUCCAGCAGGACCAGGCUACCAUUAUUCUCCCUUUGCACACCAGCCUAAUCAAAAGGUGACUGAGCACCAUGAUACUGGGAGGACCAUUCUGACUCCACAAAGGCAUGCUCAACCCCCCAGUGAUCGCAGCCUCACCCCCCAGAGAGUGCCUGAACCGCCAUCUAAUCCUGCAAUACCAGGUUCCCAGACCAGGACCCAAUCAUCUGCUACUGACCUUUUCACCACUCAAAAAAGGACUGACCGAUUGAGCAAUGCUUCGACCACUACUCAGUCAACUCGAGUACUGACAUCUUCUACUCAAAGGCAAAGCAUCCAUCAAGCUAACAGACAGGAGAUUUCAUCAGUGAGGCCUGUUCAGCCAGCAGCAGUGACACCUCGUCCAGCUCAGCCAAGACCAGGAUUUCAGGGGUGUGAUUCCAAUCCCCAGUUAUGUGGACCAGGGCGCUGUGUUGAUCUACCUGGUGAGAGGUACACCUGCAUUUGUAACUCAGGAUACCAGCUCAACCUACAGAGGACAAGGUGUUUUGAUAUUGAUGAGUGUCGAAGAACCCCCAGUCCCUGUGACAAUGGCUACUGUGAGAACGCCCCAGGCAGUUUCCGCUGUGUCUGCUUCACUGGUUAUGAACUUCGGGGCAACACCUGCAUAGAUAUUAAUGAGUGUAAGAAUGACCUGCAGUGUCCCGGUCAAGAGUGUGUAAAUACAAAAGGCUCCUUUAGGUGUGUUCCAUGCAGACCAGGAUUUGAACUGAAGAACCAGCAAUGCCAGGAUAUUGAUGAGUGUCGAAGAACCCCCAGUCCCUGUGACAAUGGCUACUGUCAGAACGUCCCAGGCAGUUUCCGCUGUCGGUGUUUCACGGGUUAUGAACUUCGGGGCAACACAUGCUUAGAUAUUAAUGAGUGUAAGAAUGACCUGCAGUGUCCCGGUCAAGAGUGUGUAAAUACAAAAGGCUCCUUUAGGUGUGUUCCAUGCAGACCAGGAUUUGAACUGAAGAACCAGCAAUGCCAGGACGUUGAUGAGUGUCUGCAGAAUCCCAGCCCUUGUGUUAACAGUCAAUGUGAGAAUAGCCCAGGCAGUUACCAGUGUGUCUGUUCCAGUGGGUACAAACUAGAGGGAAACAGUUGCAUCGAUGUGGACGAAUGCGAAGACCCAUCGCAGUGCGCAGGUGAAGAAUGUGUCAACCUUAAAGGAUCUUAUAGAUGUAUUCCUUGUCGGCGAGGCUACAUCAUACAGAAUGGAAGAUGCACAGAUGUAGAUGAAUGCCAGAGCCUACAAGGCUGUGGUCCUGAGGGCAUCUGUGUGAACACAGCAGGCUCCUAUCACUGCGACUGCCAGCCGGGAUAUAGAGCAGCCGGCCCUGGUCAUCAGUGCAAAGAUAUCAACGAGUGUUUUGAGGGGGAAUAUUGCUUCCCACAUGGGGAGUGCAUGAACACAGAAGGAUCAUACCUCUGUGUGUGUUCUGAAGGGUUCAAAUCCAGCAUGAAUCUCAGCUCCUGCAUUGAUGUGGAUGAGUGUGCCAGGCCAGAGGCAUGCCAGGAUGGAAGCUGUGUCAACACUCAGGGAUCAUUCCAGUGCCAGUGUGAUGUCGGAUUCAUGACCAAUCCAGAGCAAACCACCUGUCUAGAUAAAGAUGAGUGUGCAGACUCUGGGGGUGCCAUAUGUUGGCCAAAGCGCUGUGAAAAUACUAUUGGUUCUUACUACUGUGUCACCAUCUGCGAGCCUGGUUACACUGUCAGCGUCUCUGGGGAGUGCAUGGAUAUUAAUGAAUGUGUCAAUGAGACUAUCUGCGGGGAGCACUCUUUCUGCCAAAAUCUCAUAGGGACGUACCAAUGCAUGUGCAACCAGGGCUACAAGGCCACGGACAAUGGAAAGGGAUGUGAGGAUGAGAAUGAGUGUGAAACCAUACAAGGUGUGUGUGGGACAGCGCGCUGUGAGAACAUGGAGGGGUCCUUCCUGUGCGAGUGCCCAGGAGAGAAUGAGGAGUUCGACCUCCGCCUGAGGAGGUGCUUCAGCCGACCCCAGUCUGGUCGACUGUCCAUCCCCAAUGGCUCCUCUUAUUCCUCUACCUUUAGUUUCUGGAACCCAGAUCCCCAGGUUCCUAUAGAUAGUGCUCCUGUACCUCCGCCUGCAUCCCUCCCAGGGGAACUGAGGGAGUGCUACUAUAAUAUCCAGGACCAAAGCACCUGCCGUGUGCUGACUCGAAAUAGCACCUACCAGGAGUGCUGCUGCACCGUCGGGGAAGGCUGGGGUCUUCACUGCCAGUAUUCACCCUGUCCCACCUCAGGCUCAGUGGCAUACCAAGCAUUGUGUCCAAGUGGGAGAGGCUAUGUGACAUCAGAAUCUGGUGUUUACAGUUACAGAGAUGUGGAUGAGUGCAAGCUGUUUGACCCUGAGGUCUGUAAAAGGGGUUUGUGUGUGAAUAAUAUCCCUGGAUACGCAUGCUACUGCCCCACUGGGAACUACUACCAUUCCAUACUAUUGGAGUGUAUAGACAACGAUGAGUGCGAGGGAGAAGUGGCUUGCUUUGGCGGGACCUGUGUAAACACAAUGGGCUCAUUCUACUGCUCAUGCGAGCCACCGUUAGUGCUUGACUAUACUCAGAGAAACUGCGUCAACAUGACAGGCUUCACCACUGAUGAAAAUCUGGCAAUUUGCUGGGGGCAAGUGACAGAAGAACUGAUAUGCCAAAAUCCCCUGCUAGGCCGGCAGGUAACGUUCUCAGAGUGCUGCUGCUUGUACGGAUACGCCUGGCAGCUGGAUUGCGCUUUGUGCCCCAGCCAGGAUUCAGAUGAUUUUGAGGUGCUCUGUAAUGCUUUGAGACCUCCAGGUAUGCACAGACCAAACGGCCCUGGUACUGAUCGUGAUCUCAGCCGUGGCGAAGAAUACGAUAUGCUUUAUGAAUCCUACCCUGAACGCCCGGCACCAGGGUCUGACUUCACUUCCCCAGGCUACAAUCCAUACGCUUCUCUAAGGGGCCGUACAUCUGGCUAUAGAGGAAGACCUCUGGGACCUUAUAGACCACAAGAGUCUCCAUAUGACCGACAAGCUUAUGCCUCACGGGGACCAGAACGAAGAGCCUAUUUACAAAUGUCAGAUGUUGUCCCGGAGCCUGUCUACGAAGCCCGGCCACGUCCCCGAAGCCGAGGGGGCGCGAGGAGCCUUCCUCCGCGUCGUCAAAGUGCCGGCUACCGCGACCUUGAGGACGAGGAUGGGAAUGUGGAUGAAACUCGUCCUGUUGAGUCAUGGAUGCGUUUUCUGCCUGAGGAAGCACGCUCCUAUCCAAGUUAUCCAAGCCAGCCUUCUGGCAGGGCACUUCCUGAGAGACGGUAUGAAUCUUAUCAGAGUUUCAGCACUGAUGAGUGUGGAAUCGUGAAUGGCUGCCAGAACGGCCGCUGCAUUCGCAUCUCGGAGGGAUACACCUGUGACUGCUAUGAUGGCUACUAUUUGGACAUUGCUUCAAUGACUUGCAUAGACAUAAACGAAUGUGAGGAGCCGGAUGACCCUGCCACAUUGUGUGUGAAUGGGCAGUGCGUCAACACUGAUGGCUCCUACCGUUGCAUAUGUGAACGAGGAUAUAUCAUGUACCAUGAGCCAAACCUGUGCAUCCCUUCCAGAUCUCGCCCAUGAGACUUGGCCGGCUCUAAUUUCUUGUUGCCAGAGUACUGUCAUCUUUCAAUCUGCAGAUUGUCAAAGAGAAUCUGACAAUGCAAAAAACUGGAGGAUAUCAGUCCUGAGUUAAAGAAGCAUCCUGAGAUGUGUGUGUGUGUAUAUAUAUAUAUAUAUAUAUAUAUAUAUAUAUAUAUAUAUAUAUACACAAAAAACAUAUUUCCAGAUUUUCAAAUAUAAACGCGUGAAUUAAUCAUGAUCCAAAUAGAUCGUUUUUUUUCCCCAAAUUAUAUGUAUUGCUUCCACAACUGUGUAAAUAGACGAUUAGAAGCUGUUUAUUAGAUAGCAUGUAUACAUUGGCCAGAUGAAAGUAAUUAACCUUGGGAAAUGGUUGGCCACCUUCAUGAUUUUGCACUGGAUUCAUAAGAUUUUGAAAAAUAAUCUUUCUGAUGAUUGAUUUUCAGAACUAGUGUUAGCAGAUGGGAAAAUUGUUGAGUUACUUAAGACAUGUCUGAUUUUAAUCUUAUUUCUACUUAAAGUCUACUAAUAAUAUUUCUAAUAAUUCAAUCAUACAUUUUAAUGAAAACAUGGAAUUUUGAUUCUUUUUGUUUGAUAAGGAAAAGAAUUAGAACAAUAGCAUGUGACAUUUUAAGGGCAUUUAAAGGUAUUAACGAUAAUACUAACACAAUCAAGACUUCACAAAUUUCAAUUUAUCUUUUGUAUGCACUUAAAGUUUUUAAAAAUAUUUUUUUAAAUUUAAAAAAAUAUGUAAUAGCUAAUGACAAUUUAUUUAAUAUGUAUUAAAUUAAUAUUUGUUUCACAUUUGUUUAAUUGAAAAAUCCAUGUAUUUUCAUACCGGUUUGUUUUAUCUCUUUACAGUUUGUAUAGACAGUGAUUUACCACCAAAACAUUUCACUAAAAAAUGUGUCAUAGAAUGCACUGUACUUAGCCUUCUGUAUUCCUUACUUGUACAUGCAAAAAGAAGUUAUAACUAUAAUUUCACAUACCCUGUUUGUAUUUGUUUAUUUUACUGUUUUUUUUUUACAUCCACUACAUUUUAAGUAAAUAUGCAACAAAAUUACAA